AUGGGCAAUGAAAUCUUUACCUCCUGCAAGCCACGAGGUUUAAAAGGAUGUAAUCAAGGAUUCCAGGCCCCCAUCCAUCCCACCCUUCCCCCGAUCCAGCAGGUGGCGCUGGCCGCUCACGUGGGUGCGGGAGCACAUGACUCAUACCUGCUAGUCUCCGCUCACCGCGCGUGUUUUGUGAUAGAGGUGCUGGCCAUUCAGAUCCUCCACUGUAAGGAGCCAGGACUACUAACACCUCUACCCUGCUCGGUUUCCAGCGGCCGGCGCCUUCCGGCGUGGAGUGAGUAGCCUCUACACCAUAUACUCGACUGCUGCCGGGUGUCAGGUGUGCUGGACAUGCUGCUACUACGGCCGGCAUGUCCCGGAGUUUCUGCCCGGCGCGCUCUGGCCUUCCACCCGACGCGGCUCCUCUCUUGGGACAGCUCGACCCGGAGGAGACCCCCCUGGAAAUCGGGGGCCCGGCCUGAGGCCCGGCCGGGGGGAGCAGAGCUGCUCCGCCUCCGGGAGGAUGACUUGCCCUCGGCCCCGCGGUUGGAAAUCCUUUUUGGGCUAGCGCCCUGUACCCUAGCUCUGCGUGCCGCCCGUCGGGGUGUGACCCGGCUCCUCCUCCAAAGGGGAGUCUCGGGUUCUGGGCCGCGGGCCGAGGUGGCCCGAGACGCCAAGGCUCUGGGUGUCCCUGUGCAGCUGAUGCGGCGGCGAGAGCUGGAUGCCCUAUGCCGGGGCCAAGUUCAUCAGGGUAUAUGCAUGGAGGUAGCCCCGCUGCUCCCCAAAGCCUGGCCAGAGGGCAAAGAGGAUGGGCCAGGGGAGGAUCCAGCCUCUCAACGCCUGUGGUUAAUACUGGAAGAGAUUCAAGAUCCUCGAAACCUAGGUGCUGUGCUGCGCUCUGCACACUUCCUGGGCGUUGACAAGGUUAUUACCAGCCAGAGAAACAGUUGUCCUCUGACUCCAGUGGUUAGCAAGGCCAGUGCAGGAGCCAUGGAGGUAAUGGAUGUCUUUGCAACUGAUGAUCUUCCAGGCUUGCUGAAGGCUAAGGUUCAGCAAGGAUGGCUUGUGGCUGGCACUGUGGGCUGCCCAGGGUCUGGAGUUCCUCAGUGCUCUGACAUCCCCAUCACCAGUUGUCUAGAGUUCCUUUGGGACCGAUCUACUCUCCUGGUGUUAGGGAAUGAAGGUUCUGGUCUGUCCCAUGAGGUCAGAAGCUUGUGCCAUAUUUUGCUAACCAUCCUUCCUGGGCGAGAGCUCCCCCCAGAAGUGGAGUCCUUGAAUGUCUCAGUGGCUGCAGGAAUCCUUCUCCAUUCCAUCAUCAGCCAGAGGAAGGCACAGGAUUUGCUUAAGAAGGAGACAAGAGCUGUUCCCUGUGACUCCCUAGAACCCUCAGCUGCUUCUGAAGAACCUGAACCUAGAGCCUGCCAUGGCCUAAGGGUGUGGACACCAGCUACAGCUGCAGAGCCUUGA